GGCGAAGAUGGCGGCCUCCGGCUGGGUGCGCGCGGCCCUGGUCCUCCUGUGCGCCUCUGACCUGCUGCUGCCGCCGCUGCCGCCCAGGGCCUGCGCUGCCGAGGGCGCGGCCGGGACGCCGGGCGAGGCCAGCCCGCCCUCGCGGAAGAAGAAGAAGGACAUUCGCGACUACAACGAUGCGGACAUGGCACGCCUUCUGGAGCAGUGGGAGAAGGAUGACGACAUAGAGGAAGGGGACCUCCCAGAGCACAAAAGACCCUCGGCACCUAUCGACUUCUCACAGAUAGAUCCGGGCAGGCCCGAGAGCAUCCUGAAGAUGACCAAGAAGGGGAAGACACUCAUGAUGUUCGUCACUGUGUCAGGCAGCCCCACGGAGAAGGAGACAGAAGAGAUCACCAGCCUCUGGCAGGGCAGUCUUUUCAAUGCCAACUACGACGUUCAGAGGUUCAUUGUGGGAUCAGACCGUGCCAUCUUCAUGCUUCGUGAUGGGAGCUACGCCUGGGAGAUUAAGGACUUUCUGGUGAGCCAAGACAGGUGUGCGGAUGUCACUCUGGAGGGGCAGGUGUACCCUGGCAAGGGAGGAGGAAGCCAAGAGAAAAAUAAAACGAAGCAGGAGAAGGGCAAGAAGAAGAAGGAGGGAGUCCCGAAGUCUCGGGCUGCCAAGGUUGUGCAGGAAGACAAUCGAGCUGGGAAUAAGCGAGAGGAGCUGUGACGGGGCCACUGUGACCCUUCAGAGGAGUCUUUGGGAUGGCCAGCUCCCCGGACAGGCAGGGACGCGGCCACUACUCGCUGAGGAAAUCUGCUUUCUUCCAGAAAGGCUCUGCCAUAUGACCGGUUUGUGGUCCACAUAAGAAUUACUGUCUAAAAGGCGUGAAGUGUGAAAACACAGGUCUCUUAGUUCCCUUUGGACAAUGAUACUUCCACGUUUACGAUAAAAUCACUGUAAAGGGAACCCUGACUGUUGCUUUUACCGUUUCAAUCUGAGGGAGUCACUGACUCCGGUGGCCCCACUCUCCUUGCCAUGCCGGCCCUGACCCAGGGGCUUGCUGUAUCCAUGCUUCCUUAGUUUCUGUUAACUGAAGGGCUGCCACGUUCUGAUCAGAGACUCCAGGCAGGACCAGGCUCCUUGGGCUACAGACAUGGUUUCUGGGACUGUGAAGUGAAGCCCUCCGAGGGAGCACUGCAUGGAGCUCUGUUGUCUAAGUGUGCGGUCAGGACGCCGGGAUGUGUGACCCCACAUCUGUGCAGAAAGAAUCCUGUAGCUCGAAAAUCCGAAGUGUUUACUCUGAUCCUGACAGGGAUUCUCGGUACCUGUCGAUGUUGUGCGUUCUGUAACAUUCGGGAGUUGGGCAGCUGUGCUGGUGUUGAGGGUUCGAGUGUGCCAUUUCAUGUGCCGAUGUUGGAGGGUGGGAACAGGGGUCAGAGUGGACAGGAAACCCAGUGACCUCAUUCAUCCCUAAAACAUUUUUCUUUGAUGAAGUGCCUAAAUCUGUGGUGUUUUUGUACGGUACUAACAUGACGUGCCACCUGUUUGUGUCGGAUUUUGCUGUUCACGGACCUACUCUAAGUAAGAUUUUAUUUGCAGAAUUUAUAUGCAAGUGUCAUUUUUAGGAACUAAAAUUAUUUGUAUGAAACUUCCAUUGUGAUUUUAACAAAUUAAAACUAGCACAUGUACGUGGUUAGAAAUGUUACUGCUGAGGGAAGGUACAAAAUGACAUGUGUGCCUACCCCCUGCCACUGCCUCCUCUUGGGGGAAGCUCCUGUAGAUUUGUUUCCAGGAGGGAAAAAAAAAAUUCACUUAGCUUCU